GUCGGGUGUGUUUUGACGCAGCACAGAUAUGGGUUCACAUGUAUGCAGAAAACAGAUGGUGCGAUGGCUGUGGAGAUGGAGUGCAUGUCCUGUAGUGGUGAACAGAGGUCAUAUGCCAUUCUGCUCCACACAGCAAGAGCCUCGUCAUGUGAACUCGUCCCACAGCGGUCAGAUGCCCCACAGCCCUGUGAAUCAGCUCACCUUAUGCUCUUUACUUCAGAUGGGCUUCUCACAGACUCAAGCCGAGGAGAUGCAUGAAGCAGCCCUGAAGAGCCAUGGCAAACACGUGCCUUCAGUUCUCACAGCGCUCUUCGUCUUGGGCUUCAAUCCCUCCAGCGUGCUGAAAAUACUGCAGAAGUGUCCUGAGGUGUAUUCGGCUAAAGGUGCAGAGCUGCAGCAGCGCAUCCUUAAUCUGAGGAAGAUGGGAUUGGUAGAAGGUAGUUUACAGAGGAUGAUCAGUCACUACCCUAAAGUCAUGGUCCUGCCAUUAAAAAGGGUAAACGCAGUGUCCCGAUUGCUCAAAGAAAAAUGCCACUUCACCACCCAACAAGUCACAGAAAUCCUCCGAAACUCUCCUGAGGUUUUGGAGGAGGAUUUGGGCCAGCUAGAGUACAAGGUUCAGUAUGCAUAUUUCCGUAUGGGCGUUCGGCAGGCAGAAAUGGUAAAGUCGAAGCUGUUCAGAUUACCUGUGUCUGAGCUGCGGUGUCGACACAGUUUUCUGGAGAGAAGAGGACUUUACCAGACGCCAGACAAAAAGGGCCAAACCCUCAUCCUCAACCCUCUGCUCAAAGACAUCCUCUGUGCCUCUGAGGAAACAUUUCUGAUGCAGGUCGCCUCCGCAAAUGCAGAAGAGUUCAAUGUUUUCCGCAAGCUGAUGGCAAGAGAGCUGGAGGAAGAAGACAAAGAUGAAUACAGCAGUGAUGAGGAGGAGGUGGAUGAUGAUGAUGAUGAAGAUGAUGAUCAGCACAGGAGGAAGCCUCACUAGAAAACUGAUUAUAAGCGCAACAUAAAAUGAAGCAAUAAAGGGACAUUUCACACAAA